AUAAUGUAAUGGAAAACGUUCUUGAUAAAAAAAAAUCAAAUAAGUAUUUUUCCUUAAAUUACUCAAAAUUCAAAUAUAAGAGGAGCUAAUAUUACGUAUGUUAAUGUUAGUAUAAAACUAAUAAUGUGUUUGUUUACAUGUAGAAAUACAAGAAGAAAUUGUUGAACCAAAAUAUAAACAAUUGAAUGUAAGCCAAAACCAUUAAUAUUUAUAAUAUAACUCAUAUAACACUAUAAAAGUAGUCGUUUUUAUAAUGCAUGUAAAAAAUAAUAAAAUAAAACAAUUAAAAGUUGAUUUAAAGUUGUUUUGUGUUGAACAGUAGGAUUGGAGGUGCGUUCAGGGACGGUGGCGCGCUCGGGUUUUUUUCUCCUUCCUAUCGUUAACGGCAGAGCCUCAAUGAUUAACAACCAUACGGUGAGUGAGACGCGGCGGUUACUGAGUGCGGGAAAAUCACGUAAACUCCACCGCCCACUUCUCAACGGAUUGUCUACAAAGGCUGCGUUUUGGCUGGUUAUCUCCAGCAGUCAUGUGAUUGUAACGUAAAACCCCUAAACCGGAAAACACCGACGGACGACCCUCUCCGCCGCCAACGAAUGCUGCGUUUACGAGGAGCGCAGUUGAGGCUGCUGCGAGCGCAGAGGACGGACGAUCCUCCGGUAACAAACAAACAACGGCGACGCCGCGACAACUCCAGGAAUUCCCGCGCAGCUCAGGUCAAAGAAUGGAGUUGGCCAACCAUGGUCUUAUCCUGCUGCAACAGCUUAACUCUCAGAGGGAGUUUGGCUUCCUGUGCGACUGCACUGUGGCUAUAGGAGAUGUCUUCUUUAAAGCCCACAAAGCCGUCCUGGCUGCCUUCUCCAACUACUUCAGAAUGCUCUUUAUCCACCAGGACAGUGACUGUGUGCGUCUCAAAGCUGCCGACAUACAGCCAGACAUCUUCAGCUACCUUCUCAACCUGAUGUACACGGGCAAGCUCGCCCCGCAGCUGAUAGACCCUGCACGGCUGGAGCAGGGAGUCCGAUUCCUGCAUGCCUAUCCGCUGUUGCAGGAGGCCAGCCAGUCUGUGUACACCCACCCCGAUCAGAGCAUCAACCUGUCCACCUCCCUCUACGGCAUCCAGAUCUCUGACCAAAAAGGGGCGCUGUCAGCCAGGGAACCCACCCGACGACAGCUGUCCUCACCCUUUGACGCGGAGCAGACCGGCUCUGAGGGCAAAGUUCCGUCCACCCCGGCAGCAUUGUCGUUCGUGAACUCGUCACCCCCCAAACAGGCCUCUUCGCCCUCUGAUCUGGGGGCUACAACCAGUGGCAUGAAGCCACUAACUGAGGAGAUGGGGAUGGACGUUCUGAAUGCAGAUGGAUCCUCUGCCGGCGCCAUCCUCCACGUGAAACCCAGCAUAAUGAAGAGAAACUCGUCCUUUAGGAAGCAUUACUCCUGUCACGUCUGCAGGAGCAGGUUCACCCAAAGGAGUCUGCUGAGAGAGCACCUCCUGCAGCACAGCCAGGCUCUGCUGCAUUCACCAGCAGAGCCCAGCAAGGUCCUGUCGCCCAUGGUGACCGGAGAGCACAGCAUGGCGGCAGAAAGCGUUAGAGAAAUCAAGCUGGGGUCGAGCGGCUCUGUCGCACAGGCAGCAGUAGAGGUCAUCAGUGACAGCGAGCAAACUCCCGUAUCGGUCACCAACUCGGACUCCCCCCAAGCAGAGGUGUCCACUUCCACCUGGGGGGUGGGGGGGUUAAACUCUCAGGCAGACACUCCGCCGCCAUCUGACAUCGCCGACAUCGACAACCUCGAGAAUGCCGACUUAGACCGGGAGGUAAAGCGGCGGAAGUACGAGUGCUCCACCUGCGGCCGGAAGUUCAUCCAGAAGAGCCACUGGCGCGAGCACAUGUACAUCCACACGGGAAAGCCCUUCAAGUGCAGCGCCUGCGGAAAGAGCUUCUGCCGUGCCAACCAGGCGGCCCGCCACGUGUGCCUGAACCAGGGGGCCGACUCCUACACCAUGGUGGACCGGCAGAGCAUGGAGCUGUGCGCGGCGGGAGACGACAGCAGCCAGAUGGAGGCGAUGUUUUUGGGUUCCACGAAGCCUUACAAGUGUAACAUUUGUGCGACCACCUUCUCUAGUCCGAGCGAGGUCAUCAAACACCUCUGCUUCGCUCAGGGUGGACUCGCGGGGCUGCAGGUUAGCACGGGGGCAAGCAUGCUGCUGCAGCGAGAAGAACUUUCCAAAGAUGAAGGGUCCGACUUGUCCAACUCUGGCACCCCGGUAGAACCAAUCAAGACUGAGGAGAUCCUCGUAGAAUAGUGCCAAUCAUUGAGUUUCUUUUCCAUUCCUUCCUGUGUGUUUUUGUUAUCUAAAUUAUGGAAAGUAUAGGUGAAGUUAGUCAGGGGUUGUUUGUUUGAGGUUCUCCCUCUUGUAUUUUAGGAUGUUUAGAAUAUUCUCGACUCUGGGAGUUUGAAGCUUUUAUUACCAUCUGGCUGAAGGGCCUUCUAAAGAGUUUCAAUCUUUGUGACGAAGCUCAGCUCAGUUUGGCGGUGUGAAAGGAAAAGGAAGUCAGAGCGGUUAGGGGAGGGGCGGCGGCUUUUCUUGGCGCGAUGUGGAGGCUGCAUUAGAUGUGUGGGGGCUAAAAGCAAAAACAAGCUUUCUGCGUCGAACGAGGCUCAGGCAAAUAGAAGCACGCGGACAAUCUCAUCUGAGUGGUCUCGUCCGUCCUCCGAUGGAGUUUUGUCCCAAGAGAAUGAAAAGUUUGAUAUAAAAUGACCAUUUCCUGUAUCUUUUUUUCAGCUGCAGAGCAGUUCAACCCGUGUUUUGUGACGUGUGCUAUGCAGGGUUAAGGUUCCUGUCUACUUCCUGUUACCCUUUUACAGCACAGCCUCCGACAGGCGGUCACACCUAACAAAAGUGGCUUGUUUUCCUGCCCCUCUGACUCCCUUUAUUGUCGAUCUUUUGUGUUCAGCAUUGUAAAACACCUCAAAGAUAGAAUUUAUUCCAUCCAGAAAAAUCCCACCCCGAAAGCAAGGCUGUCGUGCAGACUAAUAUUUUAGAUAUACACAUAUAUAUGAAUACAGUUUUCCUACAUUUUUCUGAAAUUCCUUGAUGUUUGUUUUUCAUUUUGUCUGUUGUAUUUGUAAAAUAAUUGCAUCAUCCUGAAAGAUGUAUAUGAUAGCUUCUAAAUGAGUAAAUCCUUUUAAAUUUAAAGUUUUCAAAGUUGUAGGCUCUGACUAGAUGUUGAUUCUUUCCGGCCAAAUUUAGACUUAACGCAUCCAUCCUGUGUUAAAAGGGAAUCUUUAAGGCAUCGCUGUUAAAAAACAACUAGCAAACGGUGUCUGUGGUUACAUUUGUGCAGACAGUAAUUGCCUAAUACUGUGCUCGUACUAAUAUCCCGUUCCACAUUCAUGAAAUGCUAAUUAUCAACUAUUAAAGCGGUAACAAAAACUGGAAAACCCUCGUAAGUAUUCAGAUAGUAGUUAAGAAUUUCACUCCAGAUUUAGAGUAAAUGUAAAAAAAACAGGCAGAUCCAUUUGUUUGAUUAGAAAAUAAAAUCUACAUUGAUAGAAUGUUGCUUGUACUACUGAGCACUGGAAAUGAGAUAUUUACAGACAAGUUGCAUAUAUGUGAAGUUUAAAAAGUGCUUUUAUGUUUUUACAUCUUGUAGGAAGUGCCAUACAGGGGUUGGCAAAACGAUGUAUUAAUUACUCCUGCCUUUUGUUAAGAGUGGGUGCUGAUGGGAGGUUAGUGUGAGGUGGCACUGCAAAGUUCUCAAAAGUUUACUGUUUUUUUUUUCCAGCAAUUUAUCCCUUUUUUUCUGACUGAUUUGAUGAAUUAUUAAACAGAGAUUUGUUUGUGUGUUGCUUUCUUACACUGAAAUUGCAGAAUUUAUCUUUAGAAAAAUGGUUUUUUUCUUAUAACAGCUGUAAUCACGAAAGGUGAUGUGCAUUUGUUGCAAAAGCAAAAAAGCCACACAAAAAAAACGUUUGGAAGCUGUAUUGACUUAUCGCCAUAAAACAAAAGACAGUUGAAAGGUUCAUCGUCAGUAUAUUUAAUGUUUUUGUUGCUUACAUACUAUUUUGGCUGCAGAGAUUUUAAGUUUUUUAAUAAGUUUGAGUAUUGUUUUGUUAAAAAAUUAAUUGUUUAAUGCAGUGUCCCUAGUUUGUGGCUAGGUGGAGCUGUUUUGCCUUUGUUGGCCAUUCAGUUGCUAAUUAAAUCACCUAUGAAGGCAAAUCUCUAAUACAUCCUUCAGAUUAAAGUGUUGCGAGACUUAAAUUCCACUUUUUCAACAUGACUAAAAACCUUCACAGGUUAAACAGUGUCUCAGAAAUGUAUAACUUAAAGUUAAAUGUGUUUUUAGUCAACUUGAUCUGGAUUUUCUGUGACUGAUCUGCAUUCUUAGGAAUAUUUUUGCCCACAUAAAAAUGCUUCAGCAGUGAAGAACAAACAAUAAAAAUGUGUUUUUUAAAUUA